GGUAGUGAGGCGGGUGUUUCCUGGUGUCUUCUUGUGAUGAUACACUUUCAACACUUCCACACACACAAGCUCGCUCUACCCGUAACGUUUGGCAGAUGCCCAGGUACUUGUUUGAUGCUAGGGGAACAGUGGCAACAGGUGUAAGGGAACAUGCCCACCUCCAUCCCCCCCCGGGAUCGAAUCCAGUUCCUUCCAUUGUAAAGCAGAGGAACCAGCACUAAACCAUUGAUCAUGUCUAUUAAUGGUUCCAGGGAUCAUCGCCCAGGAACCUUGUCUCAGACCAGGCCUCAUAAACUGGAUAAGGGAUAUUACAAGACUAAGAAAUAUUUAGAAACUAAUUUAUGGAUAGGUACAGUACAUACUGAGUAUUACACCUGAUUACCUCCUGUGUCGCAGUCACUGUAUGGCUAAGGAUGUUGGAGGAAGGCUCACUGUCAGGCAUGUCAUCUGGAGCAUCAACUCCUGAGCCUCAGGAACCAUUCACACCAAAGUACAGUGUUCGCUUGAGUGACCGUGUCACGAAAGAUGGUGACAGUGUCAAAUUUACUCUUCAAGUUUCACAGAAUGGCUUUACAAUUCAUGUGCUGGAAAGAGAGUAUGAGGACUUUGAAUAUCUAGAUCACUGUGUGACAACAAGCCAACCCUUGCACGGUCUAAUCAUUCCACCUAUUCCACAACGGUCUGCAAUAGAUCCUUACAAUGCAGAAAUACAGUCGAAGAGAUUGAUGGGAAAAGGCUCUAAGACACUGAUAGCAGACGAGUUUCAUAAAGACUGCCACCAGCUACAAAAGUACCUCGAGUUGCUCUUAUCACAUCCUGUCCUAGGAAAAAAUGAAAAGUUGCAUGAUUUCUUGACAACCAAGGAUGCUCCUCCUAGGACAAAGGUCAAGAAGGGCUUAAUAAGCCGACUGUCUGAUAGCCUUGAGUCUCGGAAGUCAUCUUACCCUGACAGUGAAGAGUUCUUCCAAAGGGAACGUGAUUGGGUUGCUAAAUAUCAACCAGCAGUUGCCAAUGCCAGUGAUGCCUUUAACAAGAUAAUCUAUGCUCAGCUUAGGAUAGGUCACCAGCUGGAACAAAUGGUCACAGCCCUAAAACUAAGUAGCUGCCCUAAUGAUGUGGUCCAUAACAAACAGUUCAACAUAAUAAAUAUUCUCUUCCUUGAGUGUAUGGAUAGCAUAAAGAGUGAAAUUGAGGAUAAGGCUAGCAAGGAAGACAUUAUGCUGGGCACAGUGCAAACACUAUGGCUUCGCUACAUCCAGGCAGAAAGUGCCAUGCUCCUAGAUCGUACCUGUUUGAUGGUGGACUAUCAGUCUUGCAAUCGUGCACUGGAUAAGGCUAAACCUAAUAGGAAGGAAGCGGCUGAAAAGGCAAAGAAGGAGGCAGAAGCUGCUUUUGAGGAGUGUAGCGAUGCUGCUCGACAGGAAAUCAAACACUUUCAGCGACAACGUGUGACAGAAAUGCAAGGGAGUGUGGAACGCUAUGCUGCCUAUCAACUAACCUCUGCUAGAACUACACUCAGUAUACUCUCACAAGCAAUCAGUCAAAUCAAAGCUAUCAACUUAUAGAUCUGAGGUGGCUUCCAGCUGGCAAAACUUUGGCACUACAAAGAUUAAACCAAGUAAACCAUUGAAUACUACUACUACUACUAAUGGUGCUGCUGCUGCUGCUUAUUCUUGUUAUGACUACUACUACCACCAGCAGUAUUACCACUCAAUGUGCUGGCAAGAAUCAGGACCUACCUAGUAUGCACCUGUAAUGCUUUCCUAAAAUUUACCUAUUUUCCUAAAACCUGACUAUGUUCUUCCUGCCUAUGAAGUGUACUGCGACCAAGUAUAAUUUGUUAGAUUUGAAAAAGCAUGCUGCUUUUGUGUCUUCAUCAACUGCAACUUGUUAUAAAAGAUUGAAAGAGCCUAUUUUUUCUAAAUAUAACUACAAAAAGAAAACUGAAAUCAAAGGAAAACCUGCAAUAUUAUGGUGUAUUGAAGGAGAUGAAAAAAAAUGAUCACUCAUCAGCAACAGUAAAUGCACAUAGCAUUAUUUAUGGUCUUCAAUUUAUUUAUGUCAAGGUAGGAUUGUUUCAUUUUUUUCAGUCUCUGACACUGUGUAUACUACUUUCUUAGGAUAAUGGCUGUGUUUCAAGGUGUUUUAUUACUUGACACAAGUAGAGAUGCAUAGUAUGUUAUAGCCCCAAUUACAAAAUUCACUAUAAAUUGAUUCAAAUAAUUUUUUUUUGUCUGUAUUCUAACACUAUGUAGAAGAAAAUCUUAUGAUAUUACAAUUGCUUCAAGUUGUGAUAUUCCUUAAAACAUGGCACAUUGUUUAACUACAGUAUUUUCAUUAUCCUAGGUUAAAUCCUGCCAGUUCCACACCCAGCUUUCUGGCAGUGAAGCUGGUGAUGAGAUAACAGAUCCUGGUUGCAUUUUUUUACACAUUCUACUGAGACAGUGUUGCCCAUGAUGCAUACAUGAACCCACCUGGUCUUAGAUUUUUGUCCCAGGUUUGAAGUAGUAAGCAGCUAAACAGUUGAGCCAAGACCUAAAAUGAUGGCAGGUUGCGUAUUUGAAAGGAUGAAAAUUACACGUACCAGUAUGCCAUACACAAUUUGGUCCACUGAGUACAGUGGACCCCCGGUUAACGAACUUUUUUCAUUCCAGUAGUAUGUUCAGGUGCCAGUACUGACCGAAUUUUUUCCCAUAAGGAAUAUUGUGAAGUAGAUUAGUCCAUUUCAGACCCCCAAACAUACACGUACAAACGCACUUACAUAAAUACACUUACAUAAUUGGUCGCAUUCGGAGGUAAUCGUUAUGCGGGGGUCCACUGUACUAAGACGUCAUCCACAUUUAAAAAGUGUUUAACAAGUGUACAAAUGAUAUAGUAAUGAUCUUGAAAGCAAAUAUAAUUUUUUGCUGAAUAUUGAAGGAGAGAAUUUGUAAUAGGUUCAAGCUAACAAAUUUUAUCAUUAACUCUUGGAUUCACUGGAAGAUGAACUAAUUGCAGAUGUAGGGUACACUGAUUUUGCAAAAUCUUUCAACAAGUGCUACCAUGGUGUAAUAGCACACAAAAUGAGUGCAAAAGAAAUAACUGGAUUAAGUGGGUAAAUGGAUAAUUAAUUUCUUAACAAAUUGAGCCCAGACAGUAAUAGUAAACAGUGACAUCAGAGGCUGUUACAGUAAGCUUUGUUCCUCAAAGCACAGUACUUGCCCCUCUUCUGUUUCUCAUUCUUACAUCUUAUAGACAAGGACAAUUCAUAGUACCAUAUCCUUUGCAGAAGAUACUAGAAUUUAGAAGAGUGGCAUCCAUUGAGGAUAGUGAACCUUCAAGCAGAUAUAAACAAAGUCUUUUGGUGGGCCACAGAUAGUGUGGUAUUCAGUGAAGACUAAUUUUAGUUGCUUCACUGUGGAAGAAUUGAGGAAAUAAAGGCUGAAAUGGAGUACAAGUCAAACUAGAAUCAUUCAUUAGAGCACAAGUUCACCAUGAGAGACUUGGGAGUGCCAGUGUCAGUGUCAAGAAUCACAACAAUGUUACUGUAGCAACUGCAAGGAAAAUAAUAGCGUGAAUAAGAAGAGAUACCUACCCAGUGAUAAUUCUUUUCAAGUCACAUGUUCUUUUUAGGUUUGAAUAUUGCUGCAUAUAUUAACAGGAGAGCGUGCAGAGCUGGAGAACGUACGGAGAACCUUCACUACCCUUAUAAAUUUAAGUCAGUCAUGUGAGUUACUGAAACCAUUUGAAGUCCUCUUCCUCUUGGAACAUAAGCAAGAAAGAUACAUCAUAAUUUACACCUGGAAAACCUGAAGGGUCUGGUCCCAAACCUGAAUGGUGAAAUUACUCCUUAUGAAAGUAAGAGACUUGGCAAAAUACCUCUAAUUAAGAACAGACACAAUGAGAGAGAACACAGUAGGUGUAAGGAGCCCUAAACUCAACACCCCUCCCUUCUUAAGGGAAAGUAUCAACAAACCCCUUUGCCGUUUUCAAGAGGGAAUGUUAUAAAUUCCUCAAGUCAGUUCCUCAGCAGCUGGGUUGUGGUGCAAACAUUGGACUGAGUGUAGCAGGCACUGGAAGGCCUUCUCUGGGUCUGGGAUGUGGGGGCAGUAAUCCCUGAAAUUGUAUCGAGUGAUUUCUAGCAAUGUUGGCAUACUAACCCGAUGAGUAAUGUAAAAAACUAAAGUUUUAUAGUUUCACACUGAGUAUUGUGAUAUCCAGUAGAAUAUGUAUUACCAGAUAAGGGCUUGACCUUUCAAGGAACACAUUACGAAUGUAAUUUGCGAAUUAAUUAAUGUCUUGCACUUAAUCUCAAGAUUAUAUCAUGUUCCUUGAAAUUGCAAUGUGCAACUUUUAUACACUCGUAUUUCUUCAAAAAUGAUCAUAUUUAAAUAUUUGAAUAUUUACGGUAUAUUAAGAAGUAUUGGAGUAGGACAUUUUUCAGAAUACUGUAUACAGAAAUCAGGCUAAGUCACAGAAAUACAAAAUAUAGUAUGUAAGUCUAUAUUUAUUCUUUAAUUCACUUCCUUUGUUUUUAAUUAAGGUACAGUGACCCUUAAGAAUAAAUGCUGCUGUAAUAAAGUUGGUAAAUAACUUAGCUCUUUGUCUUCAUUUCGUGCUCGUGAACUUUAAUGAUAGUCGAUUGUUGACUUAGGAGACUAAGUUGGUUAGUAAAUUUGCACUUGUUUUGUAAAAGUAUAAUAAUAGAAAUGAAGAUUAUACAAGAAAAGUGACAUCACUUACCCAGGGAUAGGAAAUGUUUCAGAUUUCCUCCAAGUCAUCUUAUUCUUUCUUUCAACACACCGGCCGUAUCCCACCGAGGGGGGGGGGAAGCCAAAAGGAAAAACAAAAGUAUCUCCUUUUACAUUUAGUAAUAUAUACAGAGAAGGGGUUACUAGUCCCUUGCUCCUGGCAUUUUAGUCACCUCUUACAACAUGCAUGGCUUACUGAGGAAGAAUUCUGUUCCACUUCCCCCAUGGAGGUAAGAGGAAAUGAACAAGAACUAGAAAGAAAAUACGUAGAAGAAAACCCAGAGGGGUGUGUAUAUAUAUGCUUGUACAUGUAUGUGUAGUGUGACCUAAGUGUAAGUAGAAGUAGCAAGAUGUACCUGAAAUCUUGCAUGUGUAUGAGACAGAAAAAAAAAAAAGACACCAGCAAUCCUACCAUCGUGUAAAACAAUUACAGGCUUCCAUUUUACUCACUUGGCUGGAUGGUAGUACCUCCCUGGGCGGUUGCUGUCUACCAACCUACUACCUAGGAAGUCAUCUUUAUUAUGGAACAAUAAACAAGAGUGGCCCUCGAUUAUUUUGAGUUGAAAUCUAAUUGCUAAAGUUUAUAGACAACUGCUUUAGGUUAACUCAUCACAUGAAUCUUCUUAUGUCAUUAAUAGUUUUGAGUAAUACAUUUCCAUUUCCAGUGAGUUUAUCAUUUAUUCUAGCAACUAAAAAAAUUGUCUCAUUGUUGAUUGUUACUAGCCAUUCAUAAUUCAUUCCUUUUUUUACUGUAUUUCAUGUUAAAUAGACUUUGCAUUUCUUUAUAAAAAGGUAUGAAAUUUUCCAAAUUAAGUUAUUCAUUAUUGGAUACAGUACAGUACAGGUUUCCCUCAUUGUAUGUAGUUUCACUUGUACAAAUUCCCUUUUAUGCAGUCACCCCAUUUCUACCAAUAAUUAGCCAUGAGAUGUAAAUUCUCUUAUUCAUUCACCAGAGCCCAACCCCACUUGAUGCUUAACCAUGAUGUUUAUACAUCAUGAGCAUAGGCAGUCCAGUGACCAUACUUUAUAUGAAGUGCUAUGGUUAAUUCGAUUGAAGUGCCUUGCGCCAAGCUCUCACCCCUCCCCCUAGAAAAAGAAGACACCUGGCCAGAUAAUGUUGUGUUGCUCCUAUACAAAUUUAGGAGUAGAGGGGGAGAGGGAGCAUAGGAGGGAAAUAUAUCUUCAUAGGUUAAUCAUAUGUGCACUUCAGUCCAGAAAAAAAGACAAGCAGGUUGGGUGGCAGUGGAGGCAUUAUCGUUGUAUUAUAGGUUAAAUUUGUUCUCAUCUCUCUUGUUUUUUGAUGAAUUUCAUUUAUUUUGGGUAUAUGGGUAAACUGUCAUAUCUGAGUACCUCUGCAAAGACAGUGAUUGUGUGAAUGAUGGUGAAAAUGUUGAAUAAUUGUGAGUGUUUCUCUUUUUUUUGGGUCACCCUGCCUCAGUGGGAGGCAGCCAGUGUUAAAAAAAAAAUGGCUUUUUAGUGUAUCUAUCUGGUAUGCUCAUAAAAAUAAACUAAGAAAUGUGGAAUUUUCAUUCCUGAUUUUGUACUCUAUAGAGAUUAUAAUUGAAUUUUAGAUUUUAUUCAUUUUAGUUAUUUUUCAACCAAGUUCAUUUUUUUUAUGACCAUUUAGAGCAUGUGUGGUAAGCUUUUCUUUUUGUAUUAGUUUUAUUUAAAUACAGUGGAACCUCAAAAAUCGAACUGCUCCCAACACAACCAAUUAUGUAAGCGUAUUUUUGUAAGUGCUUUUAUAAGUGUAUUUUUAAGGGUCUGAAAUGGACUAAUCUAAUUUACAUUAUUCCUGAUGGGAAUAAAUUCAUUCGGUAAAGGCACUCGAACAGACUUCUGAACCGAAGAAAGUUCGAUAUUUGAGGUUCCACUGUAUAGGAAUAGUCAAGAAAUGUUGAAUUUGCAGUCUCAGAAUGAGUCCCUUUUUUUUUUUUUAUGUUAUACUGGGCUCACUUGAUGCACCACUGGUCAGGAAUGCAUCUGUCAUAUAAAGCGAGGGAUGCUUGUACAUUUUUUUUUAUUUGAAGGGUUAUUCCCCUGUUUUAGUUAGACUAUUAAAAAUAAAAUUCUGAUGCACAUAAAUCAUACCUUAAAGAUUAAUUAGUUCAUUUUAUAAGGGAAAAACCACAUUCCAGUAUAGAAAGUAAACUAUAUAAAGUACGUAAUAAUUAGUUACUUUGAUGAUGUAUAUUUUGUCUACAUGCAAAUUUACUGUUUUAGAGUUGUAACAUUUACCAAAAUAUUGUUUAUACAUACAGUAUUUUGUUUGAAGUCUAUUAGCUUGCUUUUUAUAUCAUUUAUUACAGUCAGUUGGCCAUUAGUGAUGCUUAGCAUACAUUCCCAGGUGAGUGAUAAAUGUAUUCGCAUGCUGGCACCUGAGAUGCUGCCUGCUGUGCCAAGUGUUCACCUCAAAUUUUGAACGUUAGAAUAAGCUACUGCCCCCUAUAAUAGCUUUUAUUGGUUUAGUUGUGCUUCAGGGGUUGAAUUACAAAAUUCUCUGCUGUUGCCCUUUGAGCAAAUUUUGUCAUCAAUGCCUUGUUCAUGAAAUGUUUUGAUUUCUUUAUGUAAAUUUACCUCUGCCAUAAUAUUAGACCAUCUUAAAAAUGAUACUCACGAAUAUUUCUCAUAUUUGUAGGAUUUUGUAAACUGUGAAUGUAAAGCCUAGAGGUGUUAGUCACCACCAUUCUCUUUUAAGAUUCAGUAAUACGCUGGCCAUCAGCCAUUAUUUGACAAGUGCUGGCUGCUGACUCACCACUUCUUUACAUUAUAGUAAUCAGCCAUUUAUAUUGACCUCCAGUUGGUGAAAGAUAAUUACAUACUGCCUUUCAAGACACUUGCCUUAUAUCCUGAUUGACAAGGGAUAAAACAGAUCUUUGCUUCUUUACUAUAUACUUUUUAUGUUUAGAAGCUUUUUCUAUUGUAGUUCUGAUACAUAUUUUGUGAAAUUAGCAAAAGCUGUUUGUUUAGGCAUAAUAAAAACAGCACCAGUACUUAUGCCAACAUGCCUAAUACAUUCCAUAACUAGUUUUAUGCAUAAUUAAUUUUGUACGAGUUGUAGCCAAAAUACUGUAGGCAGCUACAAAAUAAUAACACAUUUUUAUUGGCUUAAAGCUCAAGCUGUUAUUCAUUCCAAAUAUAUGGCAUGCAUGUACAAACUAAGUUCCUAUUAUUUAAAUACAUAUUCUUUGUGCAGGUUAAUGAAUACAUCAAAUUUUUUGACUCAGCCAUUGUAACUCUUGUAACUGUGAUUUUUGCAUAAGUCUUAUACUUUAUAAAUUGCACUAGCAAUUUAAUGCAGUGUUUUCAAUAGACUUCCACAUUGCCUCAAUACUUCAGUAAAAUUGAUGCUUCUGUAAUUCAUCUGGGAUUAAUUUUAGCCUUAUUUAUAAUAUCCAAGUGUUAAGCAAUGAGAGUUCUUGGAAAUUAAAUAAAAUGAAUUACAGUGGCAUAACUUUUCUUUUAUAAUAUUUGUAUAUUCAUUUUUGCAGUACUAAAGUGAAGCAAUAUGCUAGUAGAAGAUAAAGGAGAUUCUUUAAUCGAGGCUUGGUCACCCUGAUAAUGUGACCAACGGUGCUUGGUCGAUACAGAAGCCAGGGUUUAAAGUACAGUACAGUAUUGGGCAAUAUGCUAUUGAGUUCUAAACAAUGAAAGAUCAUUGUAACAGAAUUUAAUUAUGUGCUCUCAAAAGAGAACUGAUCAAUAACAUUGCAUAUAGUUUCUAAUUUAUAUUAAAAAUAAUUUUGUGUUGCUUGCAGUUGAUUUUGCUGGAAUUGUCGGAAUUGUUAUUUUAAAUUUAUAUCCUUGAAGUUCAAUUAUGUUUUUAUGCCUGAUCAUACACAGUGGUACUGUACAGUAUUUAUUACAAUAUGCAAUAUUGCAUAUGACUUUCAUAGCUUUGAUAUAUCUAACUGGUGAGAGGAAUGCAUUAUGUUUUUUAUAUUAUUUUUGUGAUUUUGGAAUCAUUUCCAAGAACUCAAAAUAACAAUACAGUGAAAAGUGGAUGCAUGCAGGGGCAUUACUAAUUUUAUAAUGUGUAAUUUCUUUUAAAUUUAGCAUUAGGUCAACUUGUAUAGUUCAUUUCAUCAGCAAAUUUUAUCCACGUCACAUUGAUUUCUUUUUUUUAGUUUGGAAAGAUGUAGCAGUGGCCAAAAGAAUAGUGAAAUGUAAUCCAAAGAGACAGCAUCAAAAAACAUUAAUUCCUAUACAAUAAUUUUGACAUUUAUUCACUGUUGAAAGUGGAAGUAUUGUAAGUUUGUAUCAAAGUGUUAAUAAUGCUUCUGAUUUGUAAUAAAUUAUAAUACAUAUAUAUAU